GAGUAGGCUGCAGUUGCCAACCAAAAAGCUUUUCUUCGACUACAGCUACCUCCAGAAUACCAUAAUGGUGGUAUGAUGGGCAAAGCUUCAAGUGGCAACUACUACUUCAUUCCUUACAUUGUAACACCCUGUGCUGAAUAUUUUUGCUGUGAAAGUGAUGCCCAGCGGAGAGCCUCAGAGUACAUACAACCAAACUGUGACAACAUCCUGGGUCCCCUCUGUCUUCCAUUGGUGGACAGGUUUAUCAACCUCCUCAAGGACAUCCAUGUUACCUCAUGUACAUAUUUUAAGGAGACUUUGUUAAAUGACAUUAGAAAAGCUAGAGAGAAAUACCAAGGAGAAGAAUUGGCAAAGGAACUGACCAGGAUUAAACUUCGUAUGGAUAAUACUGAAGUCCUAACUUCUGACAUUGUAAUCAAUUUACUUCUGUCAUAUCGUGAUAUCCAGGACUAUGAUGCUAUGGUGAAGCUGGUGGAGACACUGGAAAUGCUCCCUACAUGUGAUUUGGCAGAUCAGCACAAUAUCAAAUUUCACUAUGCAUUUGCCCUGAAUCGACGGAACAAUACAGGUGAUCGGGGGAAAGCCCUACAAGUGAUGCUGCAGGUCCUGCAAACAUGUGAUCAUCCAGCGCCAGACAUGUUCUGCCUGUGUGGGAGGAUCUACAAAGAUAUAUUCCUUGAUUCAGACUGUAAAGACACAAGUAGCCGAGACAGAGCCAUUGAAUGGUACCGUAAAGGUUUUGAGCUCCAAUCAACUCUCUAUUCUGGAAUUAACCUUGCAGUCUUCUUGAUAGUUGCAGGGCAGCAGUUUGACUCCUCCAUGGAAUUAAGGAAAAUAGGUGUAAGAUUAAACAGUUUAUUGGGAAGAAAAGGGAGUCUGGAAAAAAUGAACAAUUACUGGGAUGUCGGGCAAUUCUUCAGCGUCAGCAUGUUGGCCAGCGACACUGGGAAAGCUGUGCAGGCAGCAGAGAGGCUGUUUAAACUGAAACCUCCCAUUUGGUAUUUGAAAUCCUUAGUACAGAACCUGAUGCUAAUUCAGCGUUUCAAGAAACACACUGCAGAACACUCUCCUAGACAAGAGAGAUUGAACUUCUGGUUAGAUAUCAUUUUUGAGGCAACCAAAGAAACAAUGAAUGGCCUGCGAUUCCCAGUGUUAGUGAUAGAACCAACUAAGGUGUAUCAGCCUGCAUAUGUUUCCAUCAACAAUGAAGCAGAUGAGAGAACUGUUUCCCUUUGGCAUGUAUCUCCUACUGAAAUGAAACAGAUUCAUGAAUGGAAUUUUACAGCUUCUUCCAUUAGAGGAAUAAGCAUAUCUAAAUUUGAUGAACGAUGCUGUUUUCUCUAUGUUCACGACAACUCUGAUGACUUUCAAAUAUACUUUUCUACAGAGAACCAGUGUUCUAGAUUCUGUGGCCUGGUUAAAGAAAUUUUAACUGAUGCUGUAGGAAGUACUCUGGAAUUUGAAGCAGAAAUUGAUGGAGACACAUUGGAAUAUGAGUAUGAUUAUGAUGAGAAUGGAGACAGAGUAGUGUUAGGCAAAGGAACCUAUGGGAUUGUUUAUGCUGGAAGAGAUCUUAGCAAUCAGGUCCGAAUAGCCAUCAAAGAAAUACCAGAGAGAGACAGCAGAUAUUCUCAGCCACUGCAUGAAGAAAUUGCCCUUCACAAAUAUUUAAAGCAUCGAAACAUUGUCCAGUAUCUUGGUUCUGUUUCUGAAGAUGGAUACAUUAAAAUCUUCAUGGAGCAGGUCCCAGGAGGAAGCCUUUCUGCUCUCCUAAGGUCAAAAUGGGGACCACUGAAAGAACCCACAAUUAAAUUCUACACCAAGCAGAUCCUAGAAGGCCUGAAGUAUCUCCAUGAGAACCAGAUUGUGCACAGAGACAUAAAAGGAGACAAUGUUUUAGUAAAUACAUACAGUGGAGUAGUAAAAAUAUCUGAUUUUGGAACUUCCAAACGUCUUGCAGGAGUCAAUCCCUGUACAGAAACAUUUACAGGAACUUUGCAGUAUAUGGCUCCCGAAAUAAUUGAUAAGGGGCCUCGAGGAUAUGGUGCGCCAGCUGAUAUUUGGUCGUUGGGGUGCACUGUUAUUGAAAUGGCCACAGGGAAGCCUCCAUUUCAUGAACUGGGGGAACCACAAGCAGCUAUGUUCAAAGUUGGGAUGUUCAAAAUUCAUCCUGAAAUCCCAGAAUCGCUGUCAGCUGAAGCAAGAGCCUUUAUUUUGCUCUGCUUUGAACCUGAUCCAAAUAAACGUGUUACAGCAUCUGAUUUACUUAAAGACCCAUUCCUGAAACAAGUUAACAAAGGCAAGAAAAACAGAAUUGCAUUCAAACCUUCAGAUUUUAACCGUAGCACAUCUCUCCCUUUGCCCAUCCAAGGAGAGCAGGUGGGCAGCAGCAGCAGUGAACACGGCUCUGUCUCACCAGACUCUGAUAUACAACAUGAUGUGUUAUUUGAAAAGGCAAAGCGCUCUGUGUCAGAGAUUCAAGCAAAGAAUCCCAUUUCACAUUUGCUGAGUGUUCCUGAUGACAGUUCAAUUUCGGAUGAGCGAAGUUCUUCCCCUUCCCUUGAGGAAAAAGAUUCUGGUCUGUUCUUAUUACGGAAGGACAGUGAACGGCGUGCAAUCCUCUACAAAAUCCUCAAGGAGGAACAGAACCAAGUUGCUUCCAAUUUGCAAGAGUGUGUAGCACAGAGUUCUGAAGAACUACACCUUUCAGUUGCUCACAUCAAACAGAUAAUUGGAAUUUUGCGGGAUUUCAUACGCUCCCCUGAACACAGAGUCAUGGCAUCCACUAUAUCCAAAUUGAAAAUGGACCUGGACUUUGACAGUACUUCCAUCAAUCAGAUUCAUCUAAUGCUGUUUGGAUUUCAAGAUGCUGUGAACAAAGUACUAAGAAAUCAUUUAAUCAGGCCACAUUGGAUGUUUGCUAUGGAUAAUAUAAUACGACGUGCAGUUCAAGCUGCUGUCACUAUUCUUAUUCCUGAGCUUCGAGCUCACUUUGAACCAGCAUCAGAGAAUGAAUGUGUAGAAAAAGAGGCAGAUGAAGUGGAGGAUUACCAGCAAACAGAGCCAAAAAGACAUGAGGAAGCAGUUAUAGCACGUGGACUGUGCACACUUCCUUCUUCGGUAUCUCCUGAUACUCAGCAGCAGCUUAACUUGCAAUUAAGCCAUCUUAAGCAAGAAACCAACAGGCUCCUUGAAAACCUUGUACAGAAGGAGAAAGAAUAUCAGACUCUUUUACGGCAAACACUGGAACAAAAAAUUCAGGAUUUGCAGCUCCUUCAGCAACAGUUGAAAACCACUGAAAUGCAAUCAUCCCCCUCUCCUCCUGAGCAUGAUGUAGAUGAAGACCUUAUCAAGUGGUUAAAACAACAAAAAGCUGAUUCAGAUACAAUUAAUAGGUUUGUUCAAGAGGAUUAUACACUCAAUGAUAUUCUAAAUGACAUCACAAAAGAUGACUUACGAUUCCUUAGACUACGUGGUGGCCUCCUCUGCAGAAUUUGGAAUGCAAUAUUGAAACACAGAAAACUGAAUAAUAAACGUUUGGAAAUUCAAAGUUAGCACUUCAGUUAUGCUAAUUUGGGUACACAUUCCAACUAAGUUAUUGCUUUUUGUACAUACAGUACUGUCUGUAUACUUGGUCCUGCAAAUUUUGCACAACAUAUACUUUGAAUAGGUUUUCUUUGGAAGUAUUAUGUUAAAGAACAGGUGGACCACAAUGCUUUGAUAUAGUGUGGUUUCUGAUUUUUCUUUUUGAAGCUUGUCAUUCUGUACUACAGCAUUCUGAUGUACUAGAAUAGACAAAGAUUUGUAUGUUUUAUUUUUCCAGCUAGGUAAAUGAGUUGAGGAAAUGCUUGCUUUAGAGCUAAACAUUAGCUUAUGCACUUUAACCAAUCACAUUUAAAUAUAAAAUGAUAUAGUUUUAUAAAUAUCAACUAUUCUUAAAAAUAAGUUUGGGCAACUUCCUGCUACCUUCUGAUUAUAUACACCCGGACGUUAGUAGAUGUGUAAGGCAACAGACAAAACCUGAGAGUAUCUUACACUGUGCAAGGCUUCUAAAAGAGGAAACAUUGCAUAGUCAUUCUAAGUACAUACUUGAAAGGU